UAACUAAUAAAUUGUAAUAUCAGCUUUGAUUCGUAAUAAACAUUAUAAUGGUGAGACAAAGGUGGAGAUGUAUAGAUCGUGAAAAUGGCUCCCUUCAAUAUGUUUGUGACCCUUUUAGGCGCCGUUUAUAUAUUGAGCAGCGGCUAUCUUCGCCUGACUACCGAAGAUACGGAUACCCCACGACCUCUCCGCCAUGAUUGCCCAAAUACAACCACUUUCAACCCCAACACUCCCUACCAAUCCAAUCUCGAUGACGUCUUCUCUAAACUUACCUCAAACGCGGCCCGAGGAACCGAUUUCAUCUACUUCAGUGCUAGUGCUGGCAGCGAGAACAGCACUGGCAAUAGUAGUGACUAUGUCUAUGGUAUCUACCUCUGUCGCGGUGAUAUUAGCUCCACCAUGUGCCAUGACUGUGUGUUAGCAUCAAUAACAGAUGCACGCCAAGAGUGUCCCACAGAGAAAGAGGUGAUCAUAUGGGAGGAGUUAUGCAUGCUACGCUACUCCAACCAAUCUUUCCAGUCCACCGUCUCGGUGUCUCCCAGUUUCAUCCUGAACAAUAUAAUGGAUGCAACGGACAAGAACAAACUCAAACAGGAAGUAGAGAAGACAAUGAAUGAAUUUGCAAGUGAGGCUGCAAAUGGUGCAAAGAAGUUCAUGGUCCAAGAAGCCAGUAUAUCAGGAUCCGAGAAGAUCUACAGCUUGGUGCAGUGCACGCAGGACUUGUCUAGCCAAGACUGUACCACAUGUCUCCGGAACGCGAAUUCAAUUCUUGCAUCGAGCUACAGUGAAAAAAGAGGUGGAAGAGUUUUGUUUCCUAGUUGUAAUGCAAGGUACGAACUUUAUCGAUUUUAUGAUGUGCAGCAGCAGACGGCUCUCGUGCCUAAAGGAAAGAGCAAAAUGUCAACAUUAACCAUUGUUGAGAUUGUAAUAGCUGUAAGUACAGUUUCUCUGGCCCUUCUAGUCACGACCUGCUUUGUGCUUCGUCGCAAGAGAGAAAGUCACAAAUACAAUACCAUUCAUGGACGAAAUGGUGAGAGUGAAAUUACGACUGUAGAAUCUCUGCAAUUUGACUUGGAAACCAUAGAAACAGCCACAAACAAGUUUUCUGAAGACUAUAAGCUUGGUGAAGGUGGAUUUGGUGAAGUCUACAGGGGAAUACUUCCUAAUGGACAAGAAAUAGCUGUAAAAAGACUAUCAAAAAGUUCCAAUCAAGGGACCGAAGAAUUUAAAACAGAGGUUGUACUGGUAGCCAAGCUUCAACACAGAAACCUGGUUAGGCUUUUGGGUUUCUGCUUGGAAGGAGGAGAAAAGAUGCUUGUCUAUGAAUUUGUACCCAACAAAAGCCUUGAUUAUUUAUUGUUCGAUCCUGCAAAACAAGGAGAAUUAGAUUGGUCAAAACGUCGCAAUAUAAUAGGAGGAAUUGCUCGAGGAAUUUUAUAUCUUCAUGAGGAUUCUCGUCUUAAAGUCAUACAUCGUGAUUUGAAAGCAAGCAACAUUUUGUUAGAUGCAGAUAUGCAUCCAAAAAUUUCAGACUUUGGUAUGGCAAGGAUGUUUGGCAUUGAUCAAACCGAAGGAAACACCAACAGAAUAGUUGGAACUUAUGGUUACAUUGCUCCAGAGUAUGCUAUGGAGGGAUUAUAUUCCAUAAAGUCUGAUGUCUUCAGCUUCGGUGUAAUGUUGCUUGAGAUCCUAAAUGGGAGAAAGAAUUCCGGUUUUCAUCUCACCAAAUUUGCACCUAGCUUGCUUACAUAUGCAUGGAAUUUGUGGAAUGAAGGGAAAGGGUUGGAGUUGAUGGAUCCGUUGCUAAAAGAUUCAUGUGAAGCAAAUGAAUUUAUGAGAUACGUUCAUAUCGGAUUGCUAUGUGUUCAAGAAGAUGCAUAUAACAGGCCAACCAUGUCAUUUGUUGUUCAUAUGUUGAAAAGUGAAACCAUUAGCCUGUCUCAACCUGAACGACCUGCUUUCUCUGUCGGAAGAAUUACUCAUCAUCAUGAACAAGAAAUAGCUCCUGCUCAUAGUUUCUCUGAUAAUGGUUUGACAAUUUCUACUUUUGUGCCUCGGUGACUAGGGACACUAUGGAUAAAAGAUUUCAAAGAUGUAUAGGUUGAUGUAUUUCUCAUCCUCAUGGACAAACACUAGAUUUUGUGUCAUAUUUUCUUAUAAUUUUCUCUGCAAAAUUCAUUUUUUUCCAU